AUGACCAUCGCUACCCACUUCACCCUCUCGGACGGCCGCAAGAUCCCCUCCAUCGGUCUCGGCACGUGGCAGUCGCCCAAGGGCCAGGUCGCCAAGGCCGUCGAGCACUACAUCAAGGCCGGUGGCCGCCACAUCGACUGCGCGUGGGCCUACGGCAACGAGGCCGAGGUCGGUGAGGGUAUCGCCAAGGGCGGUGUCCCCCGCGAGGAGCUCUGGAUCACCUCCAAGCUUUUCGAGCUCCACCACCACCCGGAGCACGUUCCCCUUGCCAUUGCCGACACUCUUAAGAACCUCGGCAUCGCUUACCUUGACCUCUACCUCCUCCACUGGAACAUCAACUGGCAGGUCGACGCCCCCGAGGGCGUUCUCCCCCAGUUCGAGCACGUCAAGCUCUCGGCCGACGGCAAGCGCCUCCUCGACGUCCCCCUCUGUGACGAUGUCCUCCCCACCUGGCGCGAGAUGGAGAAGCUCGUUGACCAGGGCCUCGUCAAGUCGAUCGGUGUCUCGAACCUGAACAUUCACCGCACCCGCAAGCUCCUCAAGGACGCCCGCAUCAAGCCCGUCGCCAACCAGGUCGAGCUCUCGAUCCAGUGCCCCCAGUACGAGCUUGUCGAGUGGCUCCAGAAGCACGACAUCCAGCCCCAGGGCUACUCGCCCCUCGGCGGUACCGACGGCGAGGCGCUCCGCAACAACCCCACCGUCCUCAAGAUUGCGGAGAAGUACAACGCCCAGGGCUCCAACGUCCUCAUCUCGUGGCUCAUCAAGCGCGGUAUCCAGCCCCUCCCCAAGUCGGUCACCCCCGCCCGUAUCGAGCAGAACCUCAUCACCGUCGACCUCACCGACGCCGAGUUCCAGGAGAUCGAGGCCCUCGCCAAGAGCCACCCCCCUAACCGUGUCUGCGACCAGUCGACUCUCUACGAGCCCUUCUACGACAUCUACCAGGAGAACGACCCCGAGUUCUCGGACAAGGUCCAGUUCGCCAAGGCCGACUAA